AUGAGUGAGCAUGGUGUCAGUCUGCGCCAUCCUAAUAAACGCUUUCAAAUAAUGCAGGCUGACCAUGAAGUAAGAAUAUUUGAGUACCUGAAAAACAUUUGGACUGUACGUAAAUACUUUGUUGAAAAUUUUGCAGUUGAUCCACCUGUGCUGGAUGGUGACCAAAUGCCACUCCACCGAAAUGAAAGUAAACCAGCUGCAUUAUAUGACGUCACCAGUCCUGACUGGGUUCCUAGUUUAUUAUUGUCUGCAUCAGAAAGGCAACCACAAGAUAAAGAGACAGAAACCUCCACUCUCCACAGAACUUUAAAAGUUGCAAGAUAUUCUCGUGCACAAAUUAGAGCUGAAAAAAAGACCAUGUAUACUGCCGCAGAGGAUUUGCUACAUUUUGCAGAGGGAGCUGCUAGUGAAACAGUUAGCGAAGUUUUAAUCAGCGAUUUUAUUGCAAAACGUAAAAUAUGCACUUUUUUGUUAAAAGGUCCUGUUGAUAAAAAGCAAAGUAGUGAAGUCGAAUUCCUGACGAUUGAUGAUAGUCUUUCAGCGCAAAAUAAUGAAAGUGAAUUCCUAAUGCAAGAUUAUAGACGAGUUCUAAGUGAGAACAUUAAGUUAAAGAAGAAGCUCAUCUCGUUUGAAGUAACAGUUGAGUCAUUUACCAAUGAUGAUAAAGUUCUUUAUUACACAGGCUUGCCCUGUCGUAAGAUGCUAUUAGCUGUGUUUCAGCAUGUCGAAGCAUAUAUUUCGUUAACAGCGCGUUCGCGACUAUCUAAGUUCCAAAAAUUGAUUCUUACGCUAAUGAAGCUUCGUCUUGGAACCCCAAUACAAGACUUAGCAUUUCGAUUUGACAUUUCCUAUUCCGUUAUUUCAAAAACUUUCAAGAAUAUUUUGCACAUACUAUAUGUUCGUAUGAAACCUCUGAUUUACUGGCCAGAAAGAAAAGACAUUGUUCCACAACGCGUUAUUUCUUUCAUUUCCCAAGCAUGGGGUGGGAGAACGAGCGACAAACUUAUCACCAAACAAUGUGGACUCCUUGAGAAGCUCAACCAUGGGGAUGUAGUGCUUGCUGACCAAGGCUUUAAUAUAGCCGACUCUGUUGGUCUUAUGUGUGCUGAAGUUAAAAUUCCAGCAUUUACAAAAGGAAAGAAGCAGCUAUCAGCUGUUGAUAUCGAAAGUACUAGAGAAAUUGCUCAAUCGAGGGUCAACGUAGAACGAGUGAUUGGACUUGCCAGAAACAAAUACACUAUAUUAAAGGAAAUCUUACCAGUCGACUUUUUGAUGUGUGAGGCCGAAAAUAUACCAGCUGUGGACAAAAUUUUUACAGUAAGUUGUGCACUUACCAAUUGCUGCAAAUCAAUUGUAUCUUUUCAUUAA